AGUUGUCAUUACUUUGCUUUGCUGAAUACUCUGAACUCUGAAAUAAAUUUACUAAUCUGAAUCUGAAGCCUAAUCUAAAUGGUAUUAAACAGGUCAAAUCUUAUUUCUUAUUAAAUGUUAUUGUAAUAUUCCAUAGCUUCGAAUAUCUUUUAAAUACUCUCUAGUCGGGACAUUGGAAUAUUAAUUCAGGAUUACAGUACAUUGCCAGAGGUUCUGAUGAUGUCCUUAAAGCCCAGGAAUGUGGACUUCCAGGAGACAUGGGCCACUCUAAAAGAAACUGUGGCUGGUGUGGUAGGAUUACGUGCCGUUGAACGGGCAGUGUGGAACACAAGGUUCUCAGAUGUAUAUGCAUUAUGUGUGGCUCAUCCAGAACCACUUGCAGACCGCCUGUAUGAUGAGACUAGAAACUUCCUAGAAGAACAUGUCUCUGGGUUGUUACAGCGUGUUCGUGGUCCAGCACCUCUGGAGAACAAUGACCAUAACGACGGCUUGUUGUCUAGAUACGUUACAGCGUGGCGCGAGUACAGUCAAGGUGUGGCGUAUCUGAAUAGCCUCUACUCAUACCUAAAUUUGCAACACAUAAAGCGACAAAAGGUAUCCGACGCUGAAAUUAUAUAUGGCUCUUCGGCAACUGCUUGUUCGCCGGAUCAAGACUCCAGGCAACUAGAGGUCGGGGAAUUAGGAUUAGUGAUAUGGGAGCGCGUACUAGUCACACCGUUGGCGUCGGCUAUCACUGGCAGGAUUGUAUCAGCUCUGUCGGCAGCGAGGUCCCACCCGCCUGACCCUACUAGCGCCGACGUACUUCGACAAGCAAUUCACAGCACAGUCGACGUUCAAGCGUUUAGACUCAGAGCUCCCCUGUCACUGUACCAGCAGCUGGUACUUGAGCCAUAUUUGUCGGCAGCUGGCGCUCAUCAUGCGCAGUUUGCGGCUGAAUUACUUCACAAUGGCGAUAUUUCGCACUAUAUGAAGCAUGUACUUGAUGGUCUACAGCGUGAGAUCACGUUAGGCGGUAAAUUUCUGCACGCUUCAUCGACGGAAGCCGUUCGCACGUGCUACGAACGCGCCGCAGUCGCCGCUCAUCUGCCUGCAUUACACGCAGAAACAGAACGUCUCCUGCGAGAGGCAUGUGAAGAAGGAUCGCGCGCUGAGCAGCGCCGUUCGGACCUCAAGCACAUGUACGCGCUGCUGAAGCCAUUGGCGUGCGCGGGCGCGUUAAGGCCGCUCGUAGAACAGGCGCAUGCGCAGGCCGCGCGUGACGGGCGCGAGCUACUCGCCGCGCCGCACUCGCGGGACGAGGCACACAUCCACUUCGUUAACUCAAUGCUGGCUCUCCAUGGAAAGUAUCAUAAACUCUUUAUGGAGGUAUUUGAUGGAGCUCAAGCGUUUAUAGGAGCUCUGGAUAAGGCUUGCAGCGAGGUGGUGAAUGGGCGAGCAUCAGCGGAGCAACCCUUGCAAUACCCGCAAGGUGCGCAUUCUGCGGCCAUGCAAUCCGCGCAAGGCCGAGCGCCCGAGCUACUAGCGCGGUACUGCGACGCACUGCUGCGGCGACGAGGCGCGGGCGGCGAGCAGGAAGCCGACGACAAGUUGGCCGGCGCCAUCGUCGUCUUCAAAUACGUCUCCGACAAGGACGUCUUUCAGAAAUACUACGCGCGGGCCCUUGCGCGACGCCUCAUUCACCAGCUCUCCGCCUCUAUGGAGCAGGAAGAGUCAAUGAUCAACCGGCUGAAAGCGGCAUGCGGAUAUGAGUUCACCAACAAACUGCACAGGAUGUUCACAGAUGUGACAGUCUCUGCAGACCUCAAUGCAAAGUUCCAACAGCAUCUGAGAGACAACAAUCUAACUACAAACACCGGCUUCUUCAUACAGGUGCUGCAGGCGGGCGCGUGGCCGCUGGGCGGCGCGAUGGCCCCGCUGGCGCCGCCCGCGCAGCUGGAGCGGCCCGCGCGGCUGUUCGAGGCCUUCUACCGCGCCUCCUUCAGCGGACGCCGCCUCGCCUGGCUGCACCACCUGUGCACCGGCGAGCUGCGCACGCGCUACACCGCCCGCGUCUACCACGUCAGCGCCACCACGCCGCAGUGCGCGCUGCUGCUGUGCUUCGAAUCGGUGGACAGCGCACCAGCUCGGGAGCUGCGCGAGUCGUUGCAGCUGGAAGGCGACGCUUGGCCGCGACACGUCCGACCAUUGAUCGACGCCGGACUGCUCCUCGUAGACGCGGACGACCAGCCCCCGACCACGGAGGAGGACGAUGGCCCUCACGGCACCCUGACCCUCAACCUGAAUUUCUCUUGUAAAAGAACGAAAGUCAGACUCACGUGUGCGAAUGCGCCCGUACAGCAAGGCGGCAAUGGAGGAGGCGGUGCGACAGGGGAGGGACACGAGGUGACACACUGUGAUGAUGACCGCAAGAUGUACUUACAAGCCGCUCUCGUCAGGAUCAUGAAACAGAGAAAGGUACUCAGGCAUACAGAAUUGAUACAAGAAGUGGUCUCGCAAGCUCGCGGCUCGUUCGCUCCGUCAGUAGCCAUGAUAAAGAAAUGUAUCGAAGCUCUUAUCGACAAACAAUACUUAGAACGCGCGCCUGGUACAUUGGACACGUAUUCGUACCUAGCGUAAACAAACUCGAACGCGAUGACAUUGCAAUUUUUUGCAUCGCUAUAUGGAACACUGCAAACAAUUAUAUUACUGG